AAUGGCUGCCGCCACUGUGUAGAAAACGCGUGUUUCAGGGAAACAUUCGGCGUGGAACUUAUUAUUUUAGGACCAUGUCGUCCUUCGCGAAGGCUGCGAAAGCUAGCCAACGGAUUCACAAAGAACGCCAGCAGCCGGAAUCCCGGCGCCACUUGGGCGUGUUGGAAAAAAAGAAAGAUUAUAAAUUAAGGGCCAGAGACUACCAGAACAAACAGCAGAAGCUCAAGCGUCUUCAGCAACGAGCCCUUACCAGAAACCCCGAUGAGUUUUAUUUUCAUAUGAUCAACUCUAAGCUACAGAGAGGCGAGCACCAUGAAAAGCUUAAAGGCGAAGAAUUUACACCGUCCCAACUGAAGCUGAUGCAGACGCAAGAUCUCAACUAUAUCACCUUGAAACGUGUGGCAGAGGCGAGGAAAGUUGACAAGCUGCAAGCCAACCUGCAUCUGCUGGGUGACGACAAUGGGCCCGUCAAUACCCACACCUUUUUUGUAGACUCUAAGAAGGAAGUGAAGAACUUUGACUUUGCCAAGAAACUUGGCACACACCCUUCUUUGCUGGACAGAGCCUUCAACCGGCCAAGACUCGAAACGCUCAACAAGGAAUCCCUCGGCGAGGUGCCUGAUGAAGUUAUCCAAGAGGCUACGAAGGAAAUGAAGAGGAGCUAUAAGGAACUCUCAAAGCGUCUGAUGAGGGAAAAAGAGCUCAAGGUGGUCGGGCAGAAAAUGGAAAUAAAGAAGAAACUGCUCGACAAGAAGCAUCCACCCAUGAAGAAGGUGAAAGAAGGCACAAAAGAGUCUGCUCCAGUCUACCUUUGGAAGAAAGAAAGGAAGCGGUAAAUAAAGAAGACACAUUUGGUUAACAAACAAGCUCACUGUUUCAAGCAACCCCCAUCUGCUCUUGAAUGGUGCUGCAUUUUCAUAACAACAAUUUACGACUCGUAAGUGAUGUUCUGAAUUUCUCAAUUUGCUAUGAAACAUUAUCUAGUUUGGAUUUAUUCCAAAGUCUCUUUUUUCUCGUUCAGCAAUAAUAAAUCUAUCCUUGCCUC